GACAGUAGCAGUGACUGUCACUGGAAGCCAUCGGCAAAUUAAUCACAGAUAUCACUUUCAACAAUGACAGGGCAGUCCCUGCUGUUGUCUCCCUGUCCAGGAGCAUAAAGGCAUCGUGGUGGAGCAGCCGUCCAUCCUGAGCUCACUGCGGACUCCGAUGGCCACGGCCACCAUAGUGCCCCCCCCAAUGGACAGACUGGUAGGACUGGGAACCUUCGGCCCCGUCAGCCCCACGGAGGAGAGGUCACUUGACGCUGUGUCCAGCUCCUCGGAGGCCACUGAGAUCGCCCUGAGCCCCCAGGUCACUCCCUCUGCGACAGAGAGCUGCUUCGCCCGUCAGCACAACGUGUCGGACAACAACAAUCAGUGUUUCUCUGGAGCCAAUGGCCACCUUCCCUCCCAGCUGAUAGCACAGAGACCCGGAGCCAUCGACAACCAGCCUCUGGUCAACACCGACCCCAUGAAGGCAAGGAUGUGUGUGUGGAUGUGUGGGUGAAAGCAGGAAAUGGAUUGAUGCUUGGAUAUUUAUUAGAAGAAGAAAGUAAAAGUGUAGUUAUGAAUAGGGCUGCAGGAUUAAUCAAAAUGUUAUCCUAUUCGCAAUAAUC